UAGACGAGAAUGUCGUGAAGCUGAUGCAGAAAGAACAUAAACAAGAGAUUAAUAAUGGAGCAAAAGAAGAAAAGGGUAAGAAUGUGAUUUCAAUGCCAUUCUUGGAAAUGAAUUUUGACAAGGAAGAGACUUCACAACAAUCUCCAAAGGGAAAAGAAAUUAGAGAGAAAAGAAACAUGGUUGACUUGAUGGAGUGUGAUAAUCAAAAGACAAAAAAGAUUUGUGGUAGUGGAGAUAUUGUUCAUAAGUUGGAACCACAAAAGAAGAUGGAUAAUGAAAUCUCACCUACUAAUAACAAUGGAUUUCCAGGGUGGCUCACAAACCAAGUUCCAAGGUUCAAUUCUUUUAAGAGUGUUGAUGAUAAAGCAUCGGAAUCAAUGAUCAAGAAAGCUCGUGUGUCAGUUAGAACAAGAUCAGAAGCUACUAUGAUUUCAGAUGGAUGUCAAUGGAGAAAGUAUGGACAGAAGAUGGCAAAAGGAAAUCCAUCUCCAAGAGCUUAUUAUCGUUGUACAAUGGGACUUAAUUGUCUAGUUCGGAAGCAAGUACAAAGGUGUGCUGAAGAUAGAAGUGUGUUGGUAACAACAUAUGAAGGACAACACAACCAUGCUCUGCCUCCAACAGCCAAAGCAAUGGCAUCAACAACAUCAGCAGCAGCAUCAAUGCUUCUUUCAGGAUCAAUGCCAAGUGCAGAUGGUUACAUAAAUCCAGCAAUAUUAGAAAGUGCAGGAUUCCCUUGCUCACACAGCAUGGCAACACUCUCUGCUUCAGCUCCAUUUCCAACUAUCACAUUAGAUCUCACUAAAAAACCUACAACUUCACCCUUUUAUGAUCACAAUUGUAUGUCAACUCCAAACAUUUUUGGUUCUCAAAUAAUGGAACCAGCUACUUUUGCUGAAACAGUGAGUGCAGCUACAGCUGCUGUGACUUCUGACCCUAAAUUCACAGCUGCUCUUGUGGCUGCCAUUACUUCAAUGAUUGGAAGUUCACAUCCAAAUAAUAAUGGUGCCAAUGGUACAAAUGGAGACCAACAAUCCAAUAAUACAACUUAAAUGGUUAGUUUAUUGUUGUUAAAUUUAAAUAUGCAUUUAGUUUCU